GUGCGAUUGUGUGGUUUGUUCCCGACCCUGUCGAUCAAAAGCAGAUUUGGGUCUCGAAACACUUGUGAAACGCCCUGAUGCUUUGACUCGCCUUAGUCACGUGACAUGGGUGUUUCGAAUCACACUUCGGAGCAGUGUUUCGAAACAUCUGCGCUUCGGGAUCUCGACACCGUGUCGAAACGUCAGUUUCGUGUCAGCCAUCCCUAUAAAUUAGGAGCUCUCUGAGAGGAUUCUUAGAAUCUUUAAGAAUACGGGCCCUGAUGUGUCUGAACUGAGCGAACCUGAGAGCUCUGUAAUCAUGAAGCUUCUUCUUGCUGUGCUGGUGUUGGUUUUGGUGGUCGAGACCCAGGCACAAUGGCACCAAUACCCAGGACAAGCCAUCGAUGGUGCAAAGGAUAUGUUUUGUGCUUACCAGGAUAUGAGGGAGGCCAACUGGAAAAACUCAGACAAGUAUUUCCAUGCACGCGGGAACUAUGAUGCUGCAAGCAGGGGCCCUGGAGGCAGAUGGGCAGCCGAAGUGAUCAGUAAUGCAAGAGAGGCUCUGCAGGGAUUGGGUGAUUCGGGCCGAGGUAAAGUGGACUCUGAAGCUGAGCAGGAAGCCAAUCGCUGGGGACGUAACGGCGGUGACCCCAACCGCUACAGACCGAAAGGCCUUCCCAAUAAGUACUGAAAAGAAGAUCAUCAGUGCGAUAGAAAAUGACUGAAAUCAUUUUACUGUAAUAC